UUGUAUGGGAAACAGAGCGGACAACGCAUCCGACGAAUGUAGCCACUGUGUUCAGGAGACACAGAAGGCUCACAUCAGAAACGCGUAUAGGCUUCACGUUAUCGCAUACGGCUCGUUAACCAGUUGGAAGGCAAGAAGCUGCACACGGAUAUAAAUAAGAGAAGAGACCUAUUUGCAGGGGAGAAAGCCGGUGAACACGGAUUGUCUCGCCUAUCCUCAGCCAUCUUGCCUGCUCGCCUGAAGGCUAUCCCCCCCGCUCCCCCCGCGCCUCCGCUGAAAGUAAACACGGCUUGCAAAUUGCUUGCAACUCCGUGCCAGGCAAGUAAAAGGAGAUGGGUCCGGUUUAUGAUAUCUAACUGGACUGUGCUCUCACAAGAGAAACGAGCCACUGAGGACUUCAACACCGCUGUUUAAUCAACGGGGGAGACCAAGCGCCAGAGGAUGGAGUACUACCUGUUGGGGGUUUACCUGCUGCUUUCACUCGCUAUUCUUCCCAGAUCCAGCGGAACCACGGCGAAGGAGAUCACCUGCCAGGAGAUCGCAGUGCCACUGUGUAAGGGAAUCGGCUACAACUACACCUACAUGCCCAACCAAUUCAACCACGACACGCAGGACGAGGCGGGCUUGGAGGUGCACCAGUUCUGGCCUCUGGUUGAAAUACAAUGUUCCCCAGACUUGAAGUUCUUUCUGUGCAGCAUGUAUACUCCUAUCUGCCUUGAGGACUAUAAGAAGCCCUUGCCACCGUGCCGGAGUGUCUGUGAGAGAGCUCGCGCAGGCUGUGCGCCUCUCAUGAGGCAGUAUGGUUUUCCGUGGCCGGACAGAAUGAAAUGUGACUUGCUGCCUGUUCAAGGCAACCCCGACACGCUGUGUAUGGACUACAAUAGGACCGAUUCGACCACAGUUUCCCCGGUCCUAUCUAAACCAACAAACUAUCCCGGCAAAGCAUAUAAUCCACAAAGAAACAAGGACAGAUCCAACCGACCCCCGGUUCCCGGUAAAUACAAACCACCGGCGGCUCCUUGCGAACCAGCGUGUAAGUGUCUUACACCCAUGGUGCCGGUAAACACAGACCGACACCACCUCUAUAACCGGGUCAAGACCGGUCAAAUUACAAACUGUGCAAUGCCUUGCCACAACCCGUAUUUUACACAAGACGAGAGGACGUUUACUGCUUUCUGGAUAGGACUUUGGUCUGUGUUAUGUUUUGUGUCCACCUUUGCAACAGUUGCUACUUUUUUAAUAGACAUGGAGCGCUUUAAGUAUCCAGAGAGACCUAUUAUUUUUCUCUCCGCCUGUUACAUGUUUGUUUCUGUCGGUUAUAUAGUCAGACUGAUUGCUGGGCACGAGAAGGUGGCUUGUAACCGGGAGUAUGACGUGGAGCACAUACACUACGAGACCACGGGCCCCGCGCUCUGUACUGUAGUGUUCCUGCUUAUUUAUUUUUUUGGCAUGGCCAGUUCCAUUUGGUGGGUCAUUCUGUCCCUGACCUGGUUUUUGGCCGCGGGGAUGAAGUGGGGAAAUGAGGCCAUUGCUAGCUACUCCCAGUAUUUUCACCUGGCUGCCUGGCUCAUACCCAGCAUGAAAUCUAUUGCUGUUUUGGCCCUCAGUUCUGUGGACGGAGACUCUGUGGCCGGAAUCUGUUACGUAGGCAAUCAAAACUUGGACAAUCUGAGAGGAUUCGUUUUGGCUCCGCUCGUGAUUUAUUUAUUUAUCGGAACCAUGUUCCUCCUGGCGGGUUUCGUGUCCCUGUUCAGAAUCCGUAGCGUCAUCAAACAAGGUGGCACUAAAACAGACAAGCUGGAGAAGUUGAUGAUAAGGAUUGGUAUAUUUACAGUGUUAUACACUGUGCCUGCCACUAUCAUAGUAGCUUGUUACUUCUACGAACAACACAACAGACAAAGUUGGGAAAUAACCCACAAUUGCUCCUGCUUGUCGGAGCAGGACUUAAAGAAACCGGACUAUGCUGUUUUUAUGUUAAAGUACUUUAUGUGCCUUUUGGUGGGCAUCACGUCCGGCGUGUGGAUUUGGUCGGGGAAAACACUAGAAUCAUGGAGGACUUUCUGCACUCGCUGUUGUUGGGGCAGCAAAGGCACCAGUGGCUCAAUGUAUAGUGACGUGAGUACCGGACUAACGUGGAGAUCCGGCACUGCCAGCUCGGUAUCUUGCCCCAAGCAGAUGCCAUUGUCCCAGGUCUGAAAGGGACUUAUGGACGGCUAAUUGUUCUGGAGAUAACCCAGCACCUUCCACCAUUAGCAUAGUAACGAGCUGUUGAUGGCUGCUCUGUAAGGGACUUGUUAAAUAACUGGUUCUGACAAUGUAUCUGUCAUUAACGCCGGUUAAUUCCGCUUCAUUUAUAUGUAUUAACAGUGCAGACUGUCAGACUGGUGCUUUUGCGUAUAAUGGGCAUUACUUGUUCUGUCUUUUAAGUGGGGAAACGUUUCAGCCUGAAUUUCUUUGGGUUCACCAUUUACAUAGUGCCAAGUGGAUAGAAUUGUAUAAAUCAAUCAGUGUCAAAGAUGGUUUAAAUUAAGCCUUAAUAAUGCCCAAAUAUUGUGCGGGUCGUUUUUUUAUUGCUGAAAAAUGUAUUUAUGUAAUGAUUGUGUACAAACUUGUAAAUUGUGUACAAAAGAAAAUUUAUAAGCUAUGUAAAUUUGUAUAAAGUGUAGAUGUCACUUUGUUAAAAGCAAACAUGACUUUUAUUUUGACAAUAAAACAUUUGAUAA